GGCGCCUUCACUGGAUAAUUUCUGCGCGAGCGCGAGCCGCCGAUCCAAGGGCCAAAAUUGUGUUAUUGUUGCCGCGUUUAACCCGACAUCAUGAAGAUUGGACUUUGUGCUUACAGUGGGUAUAAAAUUUACCCAGGUCAUGGUAAGACCAUGGUCAAAGUUGAUGGAAAGAACUUUACUUUCCUUAAUUCAAAAUGCGAGUCAGCCCAUUUGAUGAAAAGGAAUCCAAGAAAAGUUACAUGGACUGUUCUUUACAGGCGUAAGCACAAGAAAGGUCAAGAAGAAGAAAUGGCCAAAAAAAGAACACGAAGGACUCAAAAAUACCAACGUGCUAUUGUUGGUGCUUCACUUACCGAUAUUAUGGCUAAGCGUAACAUGAAGCCAGAAAUUAGGAAGGCACAACGUGAACAGGCUAUCAAAGCUGCAAAGGAACAGAAAAAAGCAGCAAAAGCUGUUAAAAAAGCUGCUGCACCAGCAAAACCAAAGCCAGUUCAUAAACAGAAGGCUACAAAAGUUCAGCCAAAAGCUGCUCCAAGAGUAGGAGGAAAACGAUAAAUUAUCUUUUUUAAUUAUUGAAUAAAACUCCAAGUGCUUGCACUUGAUAAAAAAAA